GACACAAUGAGGUGACAGAGUGGGAAGACAGUGUAGACGGUAUAGGGCUCCUAAGUAUAUAUAAGAAUAGACAGACGUGGAGGAUGGCUGCAGGUAAUGCUGCAUGUUGUACAAAGACUAGGUAAAAAGGGUAAACUUAAACACAAAGAAUAGACAGUAAUUUAUGGUAAGUAGAGAGUAAAGUUGGGGGCAUGGUGCAGGAACAGAGAACAUAAGACAAUACAACACCUGGGGUAAAAAAAAUCCAUUACUUUGGCAAGAAUAAAAUAGGGCGAGCGUGCAGGAGUAAUGGCUACCAGCAGGAGGAGGAGAGAGCAAUAAAGUGAACUUAAGAGGAAACACUGUAAAUCUAGAGUGACAGGAAGGAGGACAUCUCACAAAAGGGAGGGGACAACGUGCAAGGGGUAGCGGUAAAGUAGUGAGUACAUGAACUCUGUACUACAGCACCCUGCGAAACAAAAGGAGCAAGAAAAUCUCCGAGAAAUAUAACCAGAAGACAAGCGAUAAGGGCAGGUGGACUGAAAAUGGCUGGAAUUCAGACGGCCAGUGGAGAAUAUAUAGAUUCCUCCUGGGAGCUGAAAGUCUAUGUGGAGGACCUAGGAGAAGAAGCAGAGCCCAUAACACUCCGAGUGACUGGGGACCAACACAUUGGGGGAGUCAUGCUACAACUUGUGGAGAAAAUUGAUAUUGCCAAAGACUGGUCUGAUCAUGGCUUAUGGUGGAAGCAGAAGCGUCAGUGGUUGGUUAGAACUAACUGGGCUUUGGACAAAUAUGGUAUCCUGGCAGAUGCCCUUCUUUAUUUUAUGCCCCAGCACAAGCCAGUCAUCUUAUCUUUGCCCAACCAGCGUUCACUUAGGAUCCGUGUUUCCUUCUCCAGCACCACAUUUAAUGCAUGUGCUGAAGUCUGUAAGAUACUCGGUAUCAGACAUCCAGAAGAACUUUCUUUUUUGAAAGCACCCGAAGAACGAGAAAAGAAGAAAAAAAAAGCCAAGGAUCCAGUGACACAAGAGAUCUUUGACAUUACCUCCUUCCAGCCCACAGCUGCUAGAGAAGGACAGGUACAGUUUGGGGGAAUUCCACCCCACUUUAUUGGUAGUCCCGAGGGACAGGAGUGUUACAGAGCGUUAUCUGUUUGCCAAACUGGAUUGACUCCUGAAGAUAUACAAAAAAGAUACAAGGCUACAUCAGUGACUGAUAAAACAGCAGUGCAUGCCAGGUGGCUUGAUUCCUCCAAGUCUCUCAUGCAGCAAGGAGUCCAGGAAGGGGACAGACUAUGGCUUCAAUUUAAAUAUUACACUUUCCAUGACUUAGAUCCAAAGAUGGAUGCUGUACGGAUUAACUUGCUGUUUGAGCAAGCGCGCUGGGCAGUUCUUUUAGAGGAAACAGAGUGCACAGAAGAAGAGAUGAUGACAUUUGCUGCUCUACAGUAUCAUGUGAACAAACUAUCAGCAACCUCGGAUCCCAUGCAUUUGCCCCAAGACUCUGCUCUUCAUGACCUGGAUGAGGCGCUGUCACAUCUGGAAGUUAAACUAGAGGCAUCUAGUCCCAGCGAGGCUCUGGCAGGAAUUGAACUUGAACCAGAGCUGCAGGAGUAUCUGAAAGUUUUCAGGCCACGGAAAAUGACUCUUAAAGGCUACAAACAGAAUUGGGUGAUGCUGAAAGGAACGAAUGUGUCGUGUUAUAAAAGCAAAGAAGAGGCCAAAGGGGAACCAUUGAUCUUACUAGCACUAAAAGGAUGUGAAGUUAUUCCAGAGGUCAAUGUCGCUUCUCAGAAGUUCUGUAUUAAGCUUUUGGUCCCGUCCCCAGAAGGAAUGAAUGAAGUUUACCUGCGAUGUGAAAAUGAGCAGCAAUAUGCCCGCUGGAUGGCUGGUUGCCGCUUGGCAGCGAAAGGACGCACCAUGGAUGACUCAUCUUAUGACGGAGAAGUCCAAAAUAUAUUAUCCUUCUUAACUCUUCAGAAAUCCAAUGCACAAACGUCAGCCUCCGCAGCAGAGUCCAUCAACAUGCUUUCCCUGGUAUCACCAAGAUACCAGAAAAAGCUUAAACUUAAGCAGUUAUCACCUCGUAUACUGGAGGCCUACCAGAAUAUUGCUCAGAUUACGCUUAUGGAAGCUAAACUGCGUUUCAUACAGGACUGGCAAUCUCUGCCUGAUUUUGGAGUCUCAUACUUCCUUGUAAGAUUCAAAGGUGCUCGUCGGGAUGAAAUACUAGGCAUUGCCAGCAACCGUUUAAUUAGAAUAGACCUGAAUGUUGGAGAUGUGGUGAAAACCUGGAUGUACAGUAACAUGAAGCAGUGGAAUGUCAAUUGGGAUAUCAGACAGGUAUCCAUUGAAUUCACUGAGAAUAUUAAUGUUGCCUUCACUUGCGUUUCUGCUUCUUGCAAAGUUGUCCAUGAAUACAUAGGUGGCUACAUCUUCAUGUCCACACGGGCAAGGGAUGGUGGCAGCAAAGGCCUCAAUGAAGAGCUGUUCCAUAAACUUACUGGUGGACAUGAAGCCCUCUAGAAAACUUCUGAAAUCUCUGACCAGUCCUUAUUUUCCACAUAACAUAAAAAGACUUUGCACUUCAUGAAGUUGCUCUAAAUCGCAAUCACAUGCAGUAUUUCCAAGUUUUUGGCUUGUUGUCCACAUACAUGUGAUAAAGGCAAGUGUAAAGUUGUGAUGUUUGGCAUUCAUCAUAACUUUACAUUAAUUAGGAUACUCCUCACCGAAAAUGUGUCAGCCUUGUAAGAGCAGAUCUAGGUACAUUUCAUAUGGAACUUGCAGUGUUUUGUAAAUGUCACAUAAAGGGUGCAGCCAUUUUCACAAAGUUUGAGCUGAUCUAUAGGGGACUAAUACAGUGGGUGGCCAAGAUGGCACCAUCGUUUUUUCUAGCAUAUCUUUUCAUACAAGCCACUUAAUAUCUGGAGUUUAAGCAUUAGCAAGAGUGACUAUGCCAGGUGUAAAGGCAAUCCAAGAUUAUACAUACCUACAUUAUUUCUAUAGACAGAAAUGUAUUAAAUCAUUGAAAAAUAAACUAGCUAUUAAUGGAUGGUAUAGCAGUCCUCAGUAAUGAUCAUUACAUACACUUUCCUUCUGUACAAUAUCUUUAUUCCAUAUCUUGUUAUUCUGCUCUCCUGCCUAAGUGUCUGCCAGAAGCACGUGUGAUUAGAAGUUGGGUUUAAUAAAUAAAUAAAAAAAAUGUAAUAAAAAAAAA